AUGGCUUCUCACAGGAAACAAAACAUGUUGAGUGAAGAUGAGAUAAUUACUGAACUAUUUGAUGAUAAUUUGUCAGAUCUUCCAAGUGAAGGUGAAGAUUCUAAUGUGGAUCAUUCUGACAGUGAUUCUAGCAAGAGUGAUGAUGUUAGACCUACAAAGAUACAUAAAGAUGUUGUGCUCUCAACUGAUUCUGAAUCAGAAGGUGAUGAUGAUUCUACAAAUGUUCCUGUUAGUGAUUUGUUUUCCCAUUGUGAUAAUGAUAAUUGGUCAGAAAUAGAUAUUCCACUGAACUUGGAAAUGUUUGAAGGAAAUCCGGGGGUCACUAUAACUUCAUUUGAACCUGAAAGUAUUGCUGCCAUGACAAGUCUAAUGUUUAGUGACAACUUGUUUGAAAUGUUUUGUCAGGAAAUGUGUACCUACAAUAAUCAAACUGCAGAGAAACAUAAAAUGUCAUCGAAAGGACUUCAAUGGUGUGAAGUUACACCUACAGACACAAGGAAAUUCCUAGGCCUUAUUCUACUAAUGGGACAGACAAGAAAAUAUAACUGGAAAGCUUAUUGGUCAACAGAUCCUCUUUUGAUUAACCCAAUAUUUUUGCAAACAAUAAGCCAAAACAGAUUUGAACAAAUUUGGACAUUUUUGGCAUUUCAAUGA